UGGGUGUGUCCCUCUCCAAGCAGCAGGUAAUCUACUGCCGCAUUCCGUCUCUGUCUCUGCUGGAAAGUCUCGAACCGUCCGGGAUGGAUCUGUUCGCCGUGAAGUCGCCUCUCUUUCUGCUCGCUUUUAUCGGAUGCUGUGCGGGGCAGUCCGUACUGCCAUCGGGUCCGGUGGACGCAGUUUUGGGAAGAAAUGUCACGUUAACCACCCUGGUUGACAAAGCAAAUUACGAUUACAUAACCUGGAAUUUCAACAACGGGGCUCAAUUUAAUGUUGCUACCUUGAGUCGGUCAGGUUUGAAAGUGGGCACACGGUUCCAGGGAAGAGCGUCGAUCAACGCGACCAACGGAUACUUGACCCUGACAUCCCUGACGGCAGCUGACGGCGGCGAUUAUAGCAUCAGCAUAUUAUCACCAGAGGGUACACAAACCGGAGAUCUACUCCUCCGAGUCCUCGAGGCGGUGUCCAAUGUGGCCAUCACCUCCAGCCUGCCUGAGGCCAUCGAGCUGAACAGCACCGUGGUUCUGAACUGCUCCGCUAAAGGCUCCUUCCUCAAGUUCACCUGGACCAACGGCACCGCGCCCGUCGUGGCCGACGGCACACGGCUCACAGUGAAAGAGGGGGACUUGUCCAGUGCGCUGACCAUCGCAGGUGUUCUCAGGACAGACCUGCUGGGGCCCAUUUAUUGCACAGCUUCUAACAGCCUGGAGAAGGCGACGAGCGCCCCCUUCAACCUCACUGUCUACUACGGACCAGAUCAAGUCACCAUCACUCCUGUGAACCCUCCAGAGUACCUAAAAUCUGGCUCCAACUUCAGCCUGUCCUGUUCAGUGCUCUCCAACCCGCCCGCCACCUUCACCUGGUACCACAACGAGCAGUUGAUGGAGGCAUCGGGUCCCGUCCUGACUCUGGAUGUGAUCGAAAAACACGGAAUAGGAAGUAAUAAGGAAGGUUACACAUGCAGGGCCAAAAACGCCAAAACCCAGCGCACCGUCUCUUCUCCUGCCGUUUCCUUCGCUGUGUUGCAGGCCAUCGCAGGUAUUACAAUCACCGGUCCUACUGCUACCCUCAUCGCCGGCAACAGCACAGCCAACCUCAGCUGCCAGGCAACGUCUGGCACCGUGAUGAGCAGGAAAUGGAAGAAAAAUGGCAGUCCUCUGUCUCCCAGCGCCCGCAUUGUGUUUGCCGCCGACAUGAGCUCCGUGAUGAUCAACCCGCUGCAGAAAGACGACAACGGAAACUACAGCUGUGAGCUCGAAAACCCCGUGCACAAAGUGGACGCCGCCUACAUGAUGGUGGUCAACUACGGACCUGAACAGGUGUCGGUGAAGGGUGACAAGGCCGUAAAGGUGGACAACCCCGUGAAACUCACCUGCGAUGCUGAGUCCGUACCCGCCGGCAGCUUCACCUGGAGGUUUAACGACACACUGACUGAUGUCACAACGAAGACGUUUGCCAUUGAGAAGGCUGUUUACCAAAACACUGGAAUGUACACGUGCGAGGUGUUCAACACUGUUACCGGCAAGACCUCCAAGUUCACCCACGUGCUCGCUGUCAAAGCGGAGAUAACAGAAGGUCUCUCAGACGGCGCCAUUGCCGGAAUCGUCAUCGGCGUCCUCAUCGCUGUUGGCAUCGCCAUCGGUGUAAUCUUUUACUGCAGACAGAAAGUACCGUCCCGCAGUACUGGAACAUUACAGGUCGAGUCACCGUACUAAAGAAGUUCCUGCACACUGCUGCAGAUGCCGGCCCAAACAUCCAACCAUUUUGUGUCCCAUGAUCCAUCUGUGCAGCCAGGAGGAGCGUCCAUUUGGAUCCAGCUGGUUUCCUGUGAAGCCCUCUAUCUAAACCAGCUUUCCCAUCAUCCCCCUCUCUCUGGCUGACGAGGACAAUGGAAACUUGAUUUAACCCCAGCGCUGGAUUCUGUCAGAGUUUGGAAUAUUUGCUGUUGUUUUGAUCAAAUUUUUUCUUUUUUUUUUUACCUUUUUAUUUGGAGAUUUUUUUCACCUACACCAUCGCUGGAUCAUGACCUCCCUCGCUCUUCUUCUCCUCCGCCUGGUGUUAACAAAUGUCAUUCUUCACCUUGUUGUCCGGCUCGCUGCUGCCUUUAGGAAACUAAAAACACAGAGAGACUUUGUGUGACGGAGAUGUUUCCUGGACUGAAGCUGAUGGACUGACGGUUACGAUGACUGACUCUCUUUAUCCUGCCGGAAACCUGAGGAGGAAACACACACACGGGAAUACUAGCUGACUGUGAUGCCUGGGUGAUCACACACGGAGGCCACACACGAAGACACUCUGGAUUCUGGUUUAAAAUAAUAUCUAAAAGUUUCUGUGGUUUGAUUUAUCUCACUCUUUGUGCCAAGUGGGUGGAGUUUACCUGAUAGGGGACGCUUCAAGUGCAACGAAGGGUCUGAUCCAAAAUACCUCAGUUUCUCUGGUGCUCACCAUUUAAAGUCUUUCUAACACAUCUGCUGAGCCCACUUUAUUUGCAUUUCUCCCCGUCACGCUGCUUCCUUAACUAAAAGGUUAAUUUAAGGUACUUUGUAAUGUGAUAUUUUCACCAUUUGUGAGGCACAUGGCUUUUUAUUAAAGCGCCAUGGAAAUGUGGUGUGGCCGUUAAGUAAGACGAGAUGUCCCAAUAAGAAUGAUGAUGACUAAUGAAUAAAACUUUAAGAUUAAGAGUAGAACAUGACCGGGUUAGGGUUUGUGCUUUUGUAGAUACUCUAAUUGUCCGACAGUUAGGAACAUCUACGUAGAUAGAAAGCUAUCUUUGCUGUGAUUUUGGAUUCCUUGCUUUAGCUUUUCUCCUCCCCUUCUUUAUGGUCCAGGAAUCUCUUCAGCGUUUAAAUCAUUCUGUGUUGUCUUCAAUGGGAGAGUAGAAAGAGGAGGGGUUAAAUGUUUUUAAGGCGGCGUGGACAAGAUUCAACACGCCAGGACGGGGUGGUGUAGAAGAAAGAGAAAACGAAAGGAGGAAGAAAAAAGGCGGCAACAUUCUUUGAGUUUUGGAGGGAAAGUUUGGUGAGCGUCAGGGCGGUGCUACUGAGUUUUUUUGUUUUUAACACAAUUGGAUGGUUGAAGUUGUUUAAAACUAAAUUAUAGUUUCUGCAGUUUAAUAACACACCUGACGUUCAUUUGAAAAUGUAAGAGAAACCACUGUAUUAUUUGAAGUUUUUAGCUGGAUCACACACCUUUUCUGUUUUUUUUUUUUUUUGUUUUUUUUCAUCAAACCAGGUGAUUUAUUCUGUUUUUGAGCUGUUUGAUGAUUUUUUUUUGGUGUGUCGUUAGUGGUUAUGUGUGAUCUGAAGACUGCAGCAUGCACUGAUCUCUGGUGUGAAAAGGUAUUUAUUUUGUUAAAAAAAAAAACUUAACUGGAACUGAAGAGCAGAUCACACAUUCAAAAUCUCAUUUUUUGUGCUUUUUCAGUUUGUGUGUUUUCACCCGGAAGAUGCUUUUAAAAAGUCUUAAAAACAACGUGUCCUUUUCAACACGCUUAUGUGUGUAUGAAAACAACACAACAGGACCAUAGUAAAAAUGAUGCAGCCAGCCUUAAAGAGAAAAUGCCGUCAUUGUAAAUAAAGCCAUAGAUACGCUCUAAACACGUUUUUAUUUACAUUUUUGGUAAUAUAUGUGGGGGGUUUUAUUAUCAUGAUUUAUUUGUUAAGAAAUACACAUUUUUGUUUAAUGUUUACAGAAACUGUCUUGCCUCCAUAACGCCUGUAAAAAUCUCAAAAGAUAAAAUAAAUGUCCCCACGGUAAAAAUUCAUGUCCAAGUAAACAUCUGUGUAAAUGCAUAAAAGUUGUGGAAAUAUUUUCCUAA